AACCCUGAGCACACUGGAUUUUUUCAAAGCCAGAGCAAGAAUAAGUGCUCCUUCAACAGUGCUGAUGUCUUGAGCAACGACAUAAUUUGGAUCUAGGAGAAAGCUCUUGGUCUCCAGAAUGGAGGAAAACACCUCCAGUAGUGGAACAGCUUCCCUAACCAGUGGAGAGAUUCCACGGAGCAGGUCAGAGGGGACUUUGAUUGACGUGGAUGACCGGCCACCUGCAGCCAGCUACAAUGUCAAUGAAAGUAAACUGGAUUUGGAUAUUAACUGGUCUGAUGUAUUCAAACAUGCCCAUGCUGUUUCCAAGACUAACCCUUUCUGGAAUGAACUGUCAGCCUCCAACCCUUUCAUACAUGACAUAGCUGCUUCAAUUAGAAAUGAAAAUAAUAGAUACCUUUCAAUCUUAAAAGAAAACCCCCAUUUGUUCUCUAAAGUCUCUAGCAACGGGGAUUCUUUGGCUUCCUCGGGUGAUGAGCUAGAUAUUGAUUGUCUUCUAAGAAAGACUUCAGCGAGAAGAUCUGGACGAUCCAAGAGUGUCUCUGACUUCCUGGAUAUUGUUGAUAACCGAAGAUUGAAUCCUCGCAAGACAACACCUCAAAAAACUAUAGCUUCAGACAUGACAUGGCUUCAAAAUGACCGUGAAGCCUACAAGAUGGCUUGGUUGAGUCACCGACAACUCACCCGAUCUUGCCUAGAUUUAGAAGCUAUGAGCCAUAGUCCGGGAUGGGCACAAACACAAGCUACAGACAUUCAUGUAGUUUGUAAACUGAAUCAUGAAGGGGGUUCAGUACAGCUACCUGACUCGGAUAUUAACAUUCAUGUCCCUGUGGGUCAUGUAUUACCUGGGGAAUUCCAAGAAGUUGGUUUAAAGGCUAUCCUUAACCCUCCAUCAUCAUUUAACAAUGAGCUGUCUAGCACUGUAAGUCCUCUGAUAGAACUUACACUGAGCAACCUCAACACAAGGGAAGCCAUUUUCUUAGAGGUGAAAGUUGCAGCUAAAGUGAAGAACGAUCCACUCAGCCAAGUUAUGAGUGAUAUUGUGUGUUUUUAUAGUCUCAAUAAAGAAGGGCCUUUUAAGAAGCUAGAAAAUUGCUACACUUAUCAAGAUACCAUACAAGUGAAGCUAACUGACCUAGCUCACGUGAUGUAUGCAGUGAUUGCCAUACAAGCGAACAAAAUCCAGCCUCCAGCAACUAACGUCUGGGACUAUGUUCAUAGAACAGUCUCAGUUGGAAUUUAUGGUCCCAAAUAUAUUCAUCCAUCUUUUACAGCAGUUUUUACAGUCUUUGGUCAUAACUACAUUCCAGGAAAACUCACAAUUUGUGAUAUAAAAAAGGGGAGUAAAAAUAUGCCUCCCGUUGUGUUUCAGCUGUGGGGAAAACAUACAUUUCUGCUUGAAAAGCCACAAGAUCUAAACAUUUCUUUGGUAUCCUGUGAUCCAGAUUUUGAAGUGAAGAUGGAAGACCAAAGCAAAAAUAUUAAAGAGGAGGAGCUGAAAACUGGUGAAAUGGUCCGCCAACAAUUCCUGUUUUCCAUGCUUGGAUGUAGGGAGAUGCAUUUCUUUGUUUUCCUCGUUCAGAUUAAAGUCUUAAAAAGUAGCCAAGUAACACAGUUCCAUGUUACAACCCCUGAUCCAGCUCCAAAAUUAAGUGGAAUUACCAAUAGGCCAAAGCGCUUACAAAACCGUAAAGAAAUCAAGUCUGCGCCUUUGCUUUUAAUACCAACAGUUAAAUAUCCAAAGUUUCAAGAUAAGAUUUUGAGCAUUAAUACUUACGGAGUGGCUUUGAAAAGUGUGUUACGUCAAAAUAAGAUUGACUAUUUGCUAGAGUAUUUCAAAGGGGACACAAUAGCACUUCUCGGUGAAGAUAAAGUAAAAGCCAUUGGACAAACUAAAAUAAAAGAAUGGUAUGUAGGAGUUCUCAGAAGAAAGAUUGGUCUUGUACAUUGCAAAAACAUAAAAGUGAUUUCCAAAGAACAAGCUAUGGACACUGCUGAUAGUGAGAUAACAACCAGGAAUAUUGUUGAACAAAUUGCAUUGCCAUUCAAAAAACUGACUUAUAUCUACUCAGUAGUUCUGUCUACAGUAUCAGAGAAUGUUUAUGACUGGAGAGCUUUGGCUGAGGUGCUAGGAUAUUCACAUAUGUCUUUGGAUUACUUUAAUGAGGCACAUGCUGAUAAAGAAUCAGAGAGAGUUGCGCAUGUUGUGAAGAGGAUGAAGGAAGACUGCCAUGCUAACAAAAAAAAAAGACUGUUUCUUUAUGAGCUCAUUGUUGCACUUUUGAAAAUAGAUUGCCAGGGAUUAGUGGCACGUCUUACCCAGGACACCAUCAUUUUGACUUCAGCUGUCAAGCUUGGCAAAUACUGGCGGGAGCUUGCGGAGAGGCUAGCCCGACUCACAAAGCAGCAAAUUGAGGCUUACGAAGUACCCCACCAAGGCAAAAAUGGAGUAGUGGCUCUGGAGAUGAUGUGGAAACCUGCAUAUGACUUUCUCUACACGUGGGCUGCCCAUUACGGAGACAGUUACAGGGAUGUCUUACAAGAUCUGCAAUCAGCCUUGGAUAAAAUGAAAAACCCAGUAACAAAACAUUGGCGAGAGUUAACUGGAGCAUUGAUUCUUGUGAACUGCAUGGAGGUCUUAAGGGCAAGUGCUUUCUCCAAAAUGGAGGAAGAAGAAUAGACUACCAAGAUAUGUUUUUGGAAAAUCUCUUGGGAAACUGUAGUGCUGAUAUCUGUGUUUCAGUGAUGCUUGCAGAGCAGGACGGAAUGCAGUUUGUUUUACCUGAGUUGAUGGGUCUAGCCCCACGGUUCUCAGUUACAGAUCCCCAGAGCUUGCUAAUGGCUACUGAGUAAGUAAGAAAAGAGUGGGGGAUUAAACUAGGGAGGUCAACAAAAAUGACUUGAAUUCUAUAGGGUAGUUUCUAAAAGGAGCUAUUUCUGAUUGCACUGACUUCUAGGUGGGGAUCAGUUUUAAAAACAGAACUAUGCGUGGAUGAGUUCAGCCUGUGGGGCCUAGGUUUACGUUGUUUUAAGUGAGGUAUUAAAAUCUAAAUAUUUAAUACAAUAUUUUGAUGGGUGCCCAAACCCCUCAACUCUAAGUCAAUGGGUGCAGGUUGGCCUAGAAAAAAGCUUUAGGAUUCUUUCAUCCUCACCUGGGACAAAAUUAAUCUCAUCUUCUCACAAAACAGGAAUUCAACAGUUAUUUGCACCUGGAAAAAUAGGUGUGUGCUGCUCAGUCCUUCCAAAACAGCUUCUGUUGUCUUUUUUGAAGACUAGAAGAGAGGCAGGCAAUUUAAUGGUCAAAGGUGAUUGGUUUUGAUUGGUUUGCUGAUGUAACUCAACAGGGUUUCUCUCUCUCUCUCUCUCUCUCUCUCUCUCUCUCUCUCUCUCUCUCUCUCAUUCCAGCAAAUUUGUCUAGAUUCUCCUGAGUGGAAACUCAGGAAGCCUUCUUGGUGUACACUGUCCAUCCCUCUGAUCAUUUGCUUAUUCCUACUCUGUUGUUAUUAAAUAGAUAAAUAGGAAGAGUGGUUUUGUAGGUACAAGGGCUGUAGACAGCUCAUACCCGCUUCUGUUGAUCAUUUUCUUCUACCUUACUGUAUGAAGAGUAUGGGUGAUGGCUAUUAUUUUCUCAAAAAAAGUUAACAGUGGGGUGCUUUUCAGAUUAAUUUAUUUAUGGAGCAAUUAAUUAUCAUUAGUCACAUGUUCUAAAAAGAACCCUGCUUAGAUGUUAUCAGUAAAAAUCUUUCAAUUACUGAGUACCUUAUUAUUAAUACAGAAGAUAUAGGCUGAAUAAUAGCUACAGGCUAACCAACUUUAUUUAAUUUUUUUAACAUAAGAUGUUAAAAAUAUUCUUAGUUAAGUGGUAGAUGUAAAAGUUUAAACCCAUUUUGAGCACCUUUGAUCAACAGUCAUUCAGAAACAGCAGCAAAUACUCAUGACAACAAGUUGAAAAGAAAAUUGGGCUUCUGCCAUCACUUGCAGUUGACAAGGCAAAGCCAAAUUCUUUCAGGAGUACCACAAAGUAGUAGCAUCUCAGUCCAGAACCUGUGCUUCCACUGUUGUCUUAGUUGGUGUCUCCUAAGAAAGGAAGUUUUGUGAUUCUAAAACAAAACAGCACAUUUAAACAUUUUUCUUCUUCCCCUCUCCUUUCCUCUAACCUGCUUUCUUUUCUACUUUCAUUUAGCUUUCCCAAAACAUGCAUAGCUCAGGAAGGAGAGUGAGGAAAGAGCACUUGCUCCAGUACUAGGAAAGCUCACUCACCAAAAGACACCUUAGCAUCAGGGCAUGACUGAACGAGCAUUGAUGCGAGUUAUCUGGCUUCUGUGGACUUACUCCUGAUUUGCAAUGGAAAUUACUGCAAACAGGAAUUGGUGGAGAAAAAGGAGUCAGAUUAUCAGAGCUCCCUGUUGUUUCAGGUGCUAGCACCUAUUUUAUAUCUUACCCCAUGCAGUUUUAAAAACAGCUGCAGAGGAAAUAUAAAAUAACAUUCUCUUGUUAUCUGUACUUCAGUACAGAGACCAGUUGUUCCUUCCUUCUUGUAGGUAGUGAAGCCCUGAAAGAGGAGACAGUAUCUGUUGUCUUUCUCUUUUGUGCUGCUGGGUAAGGAAAAGGUGUGUACUGGUUCCUUUUAAAAUAGGCUUCCUUAAAGGUAAAAUGAUAAAUUCAGAUAUUAAAAUUAUAAAUACUAAAAAUAGACAUUAAAUGAAAAUAAAUUCUUUACAAUAAUACUUACAAUGUACCCCUGCAUACUCCCAGGGAAAUUUUUUUGUAGGUUUCCCAGACUGCUGCUGCUUUCACCUUUGAGCCUGCUCAUAGCAGAGACUGUGAAACCUGAACAGUAUUUUGCAGGGGUGCAACAGGUCACACACCGUCUCCCUGCUUAAAACUGCAGGGAAAUAUUUUUUUUUGCUCCCUAAGAGCUGAAAUACCAGAAGAGAUUACCAAGCAAAUCUUUCAGCUUCACCAUGUUCUCUCACCAGCUGAUCUUCAUGCAUCCCAGCAGGCCAUGGUCCCUUACUUAAAGCCCUGUUAAGCCACCCCCCCCCCCCCCCCCCUUUUUUUUUUUAAAUUUCUUUCUUUUUUUUUUCCUCUUUUGUUAACCUGGCUGCAACAGCUAAGCAACUCAUCUUACCUCUGUUUCUGAAGACAGGUCUCUGCUUCCAUCCUUUUUUUGCACAUCUUAAUUUCUUACCUUUAGUAAAUGUGUGUUUACUACAUGCCCUAUUGAAUUUCUUAGUUCAGUCCUGUAUUUUCCUGUUAUCGCUCCUAGUCAAAAGAGGGGGAAAAAGCUACCAGAAGCACCCAUUCCUAGUUAUGUGAUGCUACCAAAUACGAAGGACAAGCUGCGCAAAACCUUCAAGGCUGAAGGACAAUCCAUCCUGAGAAGGUGGUCAGUGAUCAGGAAUUCAGGAAGAGAAGUGCUCAGGGAGCAGAGGCUGCUGCCUGUUAUUCUCGUGGCCAGGCCCUUUCAUUGCAGUGAAACAAUAGCAAAAUUGUUUCUGUCUUGAACGAGAGUUGAAUUUGGCCCAGUAGAUUUAGCAAAUAUUGACUUAGUGAGUCAGUGUUCUCCUUAGCUUGCAGAAUUAUGCAACUGGUCCUCCAAGCAUAUUUCUUUAAAAGGGAAUUUAUGUCUCUCUCUGUAGUUGUGCCGUACACUAGGGUCUUUGACUGUGGGCUUUGGUUGCUAAUUGCACUCCCCGUUUUUGCUUUAAGCUUCUGCUCAUAUGAAUGAAAUGUGCACUCGUACAAUAUUCUGUUUACUUUAGCAGCCCACACUGGAUAUAUUAAAAAAAAAAAAAAGGUAUUAAAUCCCCGUAUUUUAUUUAGUGCUCUAGUAUUCAAAACCACAAAAUGCCAGCUGGGAGUGGAAGCAGCUGCACUCAGCGGCAACGCACAGCUAGGAAGGAGCACAUGGCUUUGGUAAACACACUCUGUUCUUGACCUUUUCUCCUUUCCUCCCACCCUGUCAAGAGAGAACAGCUUUCCCAUGAGCCUGCACACAUACCUUCUUGGGUUUCUGUGAAGUGGGAUGAGAUUAACAACUCCUCACUCCUUGGGUUGAGACAAGGAAAAAUACCAGCCCCUGGUCCUUGCCUUAAAUGACCCUCUGUUUCCAGGUUUCCAAAUUUCUUUGUGCAGCCUGGGGAAAAGAGCUGUGUCAGCCAGUUCCAUUUCCCUUUGUAUGUAUAGGCAGA